AUGUCUGAUAACGACCACCUUAGCUACGAUCGGACCACCGACACUCUUGUCCGGCAGACGCGCAGCUUUCUAUACAAUGACGUCGGCGACCAGUCACUGUACAAGAUCGUCGAUAUUCACUUUCUUGGCUUUGAGUGGAUUCCACUCGCGUCCUGGGAAAACGAUUCGCAACAGACAAAUUCGUACGAGCAGACCUACACAAGUCAGUUCAGGAUCAGGACCGGCCAAGACGUAAACAACACGUGGGACUUUGGCAGUACCUUUAAGAACCUUACCCUCAACGUUGGCAGCUCCACCCGUACCAUUACCGAGCAGGAGCUCACGGCCACAAAGAGCUACACCGCCACGACCAAGGUCGAACCCAGAUCUUCUGUUCACUUGUACCAGAAGAGGUACUACUUCAAGACGUUUGUGUGGUUUAAGCUCGAUGCUUGGAAUCAGCUUUGGACUGUGGGCAACUGGCAAGCCCCCGGCAUCGCCCAGAAAAUCGGAGAAGUUGAGGUCGACGCCAAUGAAUAUCUCACCAAGCCAUUCGCCCUGUCCGGCUCAGGCUCACUCCCUGUUGCAGGAGGGUCCGACGUUUGGGCCCAGGACAACAUCAAGCAGUUUGAGCUUUGUCCGAGAAAGUGCCAGGACUAUCUCCACGACCGGGGGGUUUAA